AUGGCACCUCCCGCUUCUCCUCGCCAUACACGCCCUAAAAAUGCAACUCAGCACCCUGGACUUGUGCUUCUUGAAGGUCAAAAGAAGCAAUGUACCAAAGCCCAGAUCACACAGGACAAGGAGUGUGCCCUGGAAGCACAGGCUAUCAAGGAAGCUGCUGUGCAGUGUGGAGUUAAUUGGCUUGCAGGCAUCGAGGCUGCCAUGGAGGUGCAGCAGGCGACUGAGGCAGCCAACAGAGCAAAACCAGUAAAACCCUGGGCUAGACCAGUGAAGAAGAAGGAGAGUGUGAAGGAGAGUAUGCAAGGGGUAACUAGUGAGCUCACCUCAGAGAAUCAUCCAGUGCAAGCUGUAGUUCAAGACGCAGGUGGUCACCGCACAGCUAAUAGCACGGGUGUGGGUGCAGGCAAUGGCAAGGCGAUUGUAAACAAGGAGUUUGAGAAUGAGGGCAGAAAGAUGAAGAAGAAAAAGAAGGCCAACCCUACCAUAUCGCAUGAAGUGGUAAGCGCUGCAACGAGGCAGAUCCAACAAGUUCGAGUACCUGAUAGCGACAAGAAAGGAAAUGUUAACCCAUCAGUAAUUUGUCUUCUCACCAUCAUGCUAUUGAUGCUCACAGAGUCUACGCUUCGCUUUAUGAACCUUACUUGGGGGCUCAGAAAUAAGAAAUAUGGCCUUUUGGGCAAGGUCCAUAACUGGCGUGCUCACCUUGAACCUGAAUUGAAGGGAGCUGCGAAACCUUCCCCUGUUCCCAGUGUUCCCACUGAAACUGUUUCCGCCAACUCUCUGGGCAUUUCAUCAGCAAGAACAGGCCAAACAGUUGCAACCACAGUCUCACUCGCAAAAGAUCCACCUCCUUCCUUGACAGACUCAUCCAGGACUUCACACAUUCCUGCAUCAGACAAAGAUGAAGACAUCAACAUUGACAUUGAUGUUGAUGCCGAUGAUGAUGAAGAUGAUGAAGAAUUUGAAGAGCACUUGUCGUCUCUCAUUGCUAAUGGAAAAGGAAGGGGGGGGUGCAGUUCCACAAAGAGGCCAAUCAAAGCAGUCGACUUGAUCAGUUCAUCCAAAGAGGAUCUAGAUGCUGCUGAUGACUCCAUGAUACUCGACACUUCUGAGUUCAUGACUCCCGAAGUUGAGCCCAUUCCUACUGAGCUAGCAUGGAUCACUUCAAAGACUAGUGUAAUAGUCUGCGAGAACCCGAACCCACCCAAGAAAGCUAAGUUAGAACCAGUGUCCCAGAUUACAAGCAUUCUGGCGUCACCUGAGCCCAAUUUGAUGUCCACUGACUUGAUGAUGAAGCCGAAAAGUGGAAACCAAUGGCGAAACACCAAUCUUCCCCAAAUUAUGUUGAGGAUGGCAUGUGGCAAAGGUGCUCAACCUAAUUUUUGGUCCAUCGACACCAACAAACUACUUCCAGCGCUCCAGGCUAUUUUUGAUGUUGCUUAUCCAGGAAUGAAUCAUAAUGUCCAACCAAAAGGCCCUAUCAUUGGUUUGUGCAUUUGCUCCUGGCGCAGUAAUUUUGGAUCAACAGCCAUGGCCCUCAUUGCAAACUUUCUAGCUACUUCUAAAGAUGACAAGAAUGAAGAUGAAGACAACAAUAUCGACUUUGAACAAACACUGGCAGCAAAUCUUCUCGACGAGUGGGCCUUCCUCUACAACAAUCCAGAUGUUUGUGACCCAGACCAGAUUUACUGGUCUGAAUUUAUGUUGGAAAUGAUUGAAAGCGCACAUAUGAAUGCAAUCGCUGGAUUCCUUGAUGUACCCGCACUCAACACGGAUGAUCUGCAAUUGAAGGAACGAGUCGCAUCAACUGAACAUCUCAGAUCUUUCCUAGAGUCUGAGAUCUCCCUCUUCAUCACAGCUGCUCGCAUAAUCUCUUUAGUGAUUGCCGCAUGCACUGCCUCACUAGAACACGCUCUCAACUUUGUCGCAAAGCCAAAAGCUUCUGGUAAUGACCAAAGCAUUGGCACUAGCAGUGCAAAGGGCAGUACUACCAAGGGUCACAGAAUACUACCCCUCAAGUGCAACAAAUCCAGUGGCAAAGACAGCACUGCUGCAUUGGCAUUUUCAGAGGCAAAUUGUGGAUUGGCGACAGCUGAAUACUACCAAUCACUCAAGAGGUGGGGGACAAACUAUAUGAUGGACACAAUUUCAUUGGUGUGCCAACACCAGGAAGCGAUCCAAAAGCUCAAGAAUGCUCCUGCUGAGGCAGACCCUUCAGUCGUUUUCCAUGUAGAACCCUGGCCCUGGAUGUGCCAAAAGGCCGUAGAAUCAUGGCCAGCCAGUCACUGGCCGGAUAUUACUAUGAAAAAAGUAGCUAGCCUUAUGGCUACAGGAUGUAGAAUCCAGCCGGCUGGAAAUCAGGGCUGGCCAGUCAUUGGUUUCAGAAUUGCAUAUCAGCCAGCUUAA